GGCGUGGAGCGGGUGACGUCAAUGUGCGCCAGACUUGGCCCCGGAGGCGUCGCGCGCAGACGGCGUAGCCAUGUUGCCGAGGACGGGUGUCUCCAAACAGGACAUUCGUGAACACAUUUGGGACUACAUGGAAUCACAGAAUUUAGCUGACUUUCCCCGCCCUGUUCACCACAGGAUUCCCAACUUUAAGGGGUCUUACCUGGCUUGCCAAAACCUCAAAGACCUAGACGUUUUUGCCAGAACUCAGGAAGUUAAAGUGGACCCUGAUAAACCACUAGAAGGCGUUCGGCUGCUGGCACUGCAGAACAAAAAAACAUUGUUGGUUCCAACACCACGACUGAGAACCGGGUUGUUUAAUAAGAUCACACCACCCCCUGGGGCAACUAAAGACAUCUUGAGAAAAUGUGCCACCUCUCAGGGUGUGAGGAACUAUAGCGUCCCCAUAGGCUUGGAUUCCAGAGUCCUCGUGGAUUUAGUUGUGGUGGGAUCCGUGGCCGUUUCUGAAAAAGGCUGGAGAAUCGGGAAGGGAGAAGGCUACGCCGAUCUGGAAUAUGCCAUGAUGGUGUCCAUGGGCGCCAUCAGCAAGGAGACGCCAGUGGUCACCAUCGUCCACGACUGCCAGGUUGUGGACAUCCCUGAAGAGCUCCUUGAGGAGCACGACAUCACUGUCGACUACAUUCUCACUCCAACCAGAGUCAUCCCCACAGGCUGCGAGCGCCCAAAGCCAAUGGGAGUCACCUGGUCCAAGAUCAGCCGGGAGAUGAUGGAGAAAAUCCCAGUACUGAGGAGCCUCCGUGCCCGAGAGCAGCAGGCUGGGAAGGAUGUCACCCUCCAGGGUGAGCACCGGCAUCCUCCGGAACCAGGCCGGCAGCAGACGGUGCCCUGGAGUGCUGGCAGAAGGCCCCAGGACACACCUGGGCCAGAAGCCAAUUCCAUGGAGGCAGCCUGUGGCUCCCCACUAGGGGAGGGUGCCCCGCUUGCAGCCGAUGUUUAUGUUGGGAACCUCCCCCGGGAUGCCCGUGUGAGUGAUCUGAAGAGAGCCCUGCGGGAACUCGGUUCCGUGCCCCUGCAGCUCAUGUGGGAGGGCCGGCGGCAUAGGGCCUUCCUCCGUUACCAGGACGCAGCCGCAGCCCAGCAGGCCAUCUCCUGCUUGCAGGGCCUGCGCCUGGGCACUGACACCUUGAGGGUGGCGCUGGCCAGGCAGCAGAGGGACAAGUGACCUCAUGGAAAGCCACAGAGCCCACUGCUGGUUCGCCAUCCCCAUCACCUGCCGCACCGGUUCUCGUGGCACUCGAGGCCUGUGUGGCGAGACAUGACGGAGCCUCUGUGUGAGCUGCUCGGGUCUCAGUGAAUUCCCAGGACCUCCUGUGAGCCGGGAAGCCAGCUCGCAGUGCAUCUCACAGCGCGCAGGAGGCUGCAGCCCCCUGUUCGUGCAGGCCUUGAGCCAGUUUGUAUUUCCCUGGAGGGACAGAGCAGAUGGGCCAGGGACUGAGUGAGCAGCAAAGCAGGUGUGGGAAGUGUGGAGGUGAUCUCGGGUUUGCAGGGUGGCCUCAACAAAAGAUGGACAAAGGAGCCGGCUUCCUAGAGGCCAUGACAGGGACCUCAUGCUGGCACAGAAGGGUGCCCCUGGGCUCCAGGUCCCUGAGCUGGCAGCACUGCAGGGAGAGCUCCAUUCACAUCAAGCUCCGUUCCUUGGGCAGGAGCCCAAGGAGCUCCACCCCUGGGUAAAAAGCAUUUGCUGCAGCUCAGCUCCAUUCUCAGGCCACACUUUGGGGAGCCAACCUCCCCUGGUCACCUCCCCAGCCACGCUCCUCCCUCUGUGGACACACACGCCAGGUCCUCAGCCAGCUGCCUGCACGGGAGCAGCUCUGUGCUGUGGAGAGACUGGCUCUGGGGGGACAGGUUUCAUCCCAGCCCACAUCACAUUUGCCCAGUGCCUCAUGUUUUAUGGGUUUUGUUCCUCCAGUUCUGUUUCUGAAACACCAGCUGGAGUUUGGCUGAAGGGUCCUUUCUCAACAGAAGGCUUUUUGCAAUUGAUCCUGGGCACCAAGUCAAAAUAAGCAUUUAAGCGGAGAUUUUUUUUUUUUUUUAAAUGUAUAUGCUUUGAAAAUUGAGUUUUUAGCCAGAGGGUUUUACUGAAUGUUAUUUUAAGCACCUUAUUAUGCCUCAAGAGGGGAGCCCUUGCGUGCAGUUAAAAGAAAGUGUUCUCAGGACACUUGGUCUUCUCAUUGAAAGGGCAUUUUAAGGGCAUUUUCUCAUUGGUUUUACCAUGAAAAUCCUGUGGAGACUUUGGAAAGAAAAUGCAGCCUUAGAUUUGCUCAUUAAAUACCGGUUUCCUUUCCCAGCUGUCAUGAAUGAAGUGAGGGAGUGGAAGCGUCUGACAGUACCGCCCUGGGCCUGCUGUGUCCUUGGCCCCACCCCUGCCCGCACGGCUGGUCACGUUUGUCACUGGGCAUUCGGCUCAGUGUCAGAGGCUGACUCAGCGCCCAGUUCAGAGGAGUCAGCUGGCCUCACUGAACUCCUCAUCUUUUCUGUCUUUUUUUUAAGAAUACUUUUAUUGAAAGAUUUUCAUUUGUUUUUUGUUUACUUUUUCCCUGUGGAUCUGCUGCCAUUAGAGUAGCAACUCCAGGAGAAGGGCCAGUGAGUCAGCCCCGCCUUGUCCACUCCCUGCCCUGCCCACAGCAGGAACAGCUCCUGCAGACAGGAGCAAGGCAGGACAGACAGGACUUGGGAAUGGACCCACUGGACCGGGAGAGGGAGAAGCUUGGUUCUGACUCUACCACUGGAACUCCUGUGUCCACCCCACCCUCAGACGGCGGCGUUCUACCAGUCAGGGAAGCCAGACUGCUGGGGUUUUCUGUCACUUUAGCCAGAAUAAUUCAGGCGUAUUGAUACACAGAUAAUCUGCAAGAGUUCCUCAUUUUUCUAUUUGUGGAACAUUGCUAGAGUAAGCACCUAAAAUAAAAUCCCCCACACGCAUCAGCCUG